AGAUCAAUACCUCCGAUUUCUCUGUUUCAUGUUUUUUUUAAGGUUGCCGGAGUUAGUUGGUGAUCGUUAGUGGUGCCGCCGAUGAGUUGCAACGGCUGCCGGAUUCUUAGAAAAGGGUGCAACGACAAUUGCAUACUCCGACAGAGUCUCCAAGGGAUCGAAUCCCCGCAGGCGCAAGCUAAUGCCACUGUUUUCGUCGCCAAAUUCUUCGGCCGUGCCGGCCUCAUGUCUUUUCUCUCCUCCGUCCCCGAAUCCCAGAGACCAGCGUUGUUCCAAUCCUUACUUCUAGAAGCGUGUGGAAGAACCGUGAACCCGGUUCACGGGGCCGUGGGGCUACUAUGGACCGGAAACUGGCACGUGUGCCAGGCGGCCGUGGAGGCGGUGUUGCGGGGAGGAACGCCGCCGCGGCCGUUGCCGGAGUUCACAAUCCCGACGCCUUCGCAGGAAUCCGACGAGGCGGCAGGCGAUCUGGAUCUAGGCCUGACGACGGCUGCGAGGAUGACCGGCAACCGGCGCGUGGAGAAGAAGAGGAGGGCGGACACGCCGUCGGAGGAGUCGGAAAUCUCCACUUUGGAAAGCGGUUUUGCGUAUCAUCAAAGUUCUGAAACUAAUCUUCUCAGACUCUUUUUCUGAAAGCUAAGCUAAAACCAGUUUUCCAGGAAACACCAUAGCUUAACCUUGGAAGUAUACUCUGCUGUAGUUUCUUUGUCCCACUCCCUUUUUCUUUUCGUGGACUUUAAGAAAAGAUCAGAGCCUAAUGUUCUCUCAGAUCAUUUUACCUCUCAAUUAAAUUAAUGUAAGCUUUCUUUUCUUUGACAUUAAUUUUUGUUACCUAAAA